AUGACUACUCAAGACUCCUGUGGAUACCUGGAACACCCACCAACAUACCAAGACUUCCUUGACCACUACCUCUUACCCAACAAACCGGUAGUCAUCGGGCCUGCCUUGAUCUCCUCCUGGCCUGCGCUUUCAAAGUGGGUCUCCGAGUCUGACGGGUCUCCGCGCAUUAACUGGGAAUCCCUCUCGCGAGCGUAUGGCGACCAGCCAGUCACGGCAGCAGACUGCUCCACUCGCGAGUUCAGCGAUCAAAAGCGACAAGACAAGACCUUCCGCGAAGUAGUCGAUCUAUGGCGUUCUGGCGAGGGCGUCUCGCUCUACGUGAAAGACUGGCAUCUCGCUCGCGCUGUGCACCCGGAGAUCUUCUACGAAACCCCGGACAUAUUCAGGGACGACUGGAUGAACGCGUACUACUCUGUCUGCACAUCGGACGACUUCCGGUUCGUCUACACUGGUGCAGCGGGGACGUUCACGCCGCUCCACCGGGAUAAGAGGUGGUGGCUCUUCCCUCCUGAGCAAACCAAGUUCUUGCUCCGGAAAGGUGCUGAGGAGCAUCUGGAAACGGCCUUCGACGUACGGCAUGUAAAUCAAGCCGAUUUUCCCAAGUUCUCGGAAGCAAAGCCAAUUGUAGUCGAGCAGAAAGACGGAGAGACGAUUUUUGUGCCGAGUGGGUGGUAUCACCAGGUUGAGAAUAUAACUGAAUGCGUCUCCAUCAAUCACAACUGGUGCAACUCUGUCAACCUCCCUUCCUUAUACGAGUCUAUGUGCGCUAAGGUGAUCGAGGUCGAGCACGCACUGGAAGACGUACGCGAGCUGCUUUCGCAGAACAAUCAGAGCGAGUCGGACAGUCACGGAUGGGAACAUGAGUGGGUUAAGAUUGUACAGGAUGUAGUAGAGAAAGACGCUGGGUGGAACUGGCUGACGUUUUGGAAGAUGGUUCGGCACGCAUUCGGGACAGCACUCUCAGGACCACUCUGGGAACCUGCCCCGCCAUGGCUCACGCCUCCCUUACCCUUCGUCUACGACCGCGUGCGGACGUGCUACGAUCAUUUCCUCCGGCGCACGGAACGCGAGGUCGAUCUCGUAGAUGGUCUCCGUGAUGUCCUAGACGAAAUCAAACGGAUAUCAGACGGCGUCGAGACCACGCAGGGUACUCGCAAUGACGGCACUCGGGGGAUUUGA